AUGAAGGAGACGAAGGGGAUGUACGGAGCAAAGGACGAAAAAUACGAAGAACGAGAACAAAGGAGACGAAGGAUGGAAAAAACGAAGCAGACGAGGGACGAAGGAAACGUAGGAGAAGAAGGACGAAACAGACAAAGAAGACGAAGAAUUAACAAGACAAAACACCAAGGAGACGUAGGAGGAGAUGAAGGAGACGAAGAACGAAGGCGAAUAAGGGCUAAGAAGAUGAAGGAGACAAAGGACGAAAGAAACCAAGGAGAUGAAGGGAAUGAAUGGGAUGAAGGAGACGAACAACGAAGGAUGAUAGGAGAUGGAGGGAACGAAAGAGACGAAGGGGAUGAAUGGAACAAAGGACGAAGAAGACGAAGGAGGAAAGAGACAGAGGGGACGAAGGGCGAAGGAGACGAAAAACGAAGGAGACGAAAUGAAGUAGAUGUAGAAAGUAAGAGACGAAGGACGAAAGAGACAAAGGAGAUGAAGAACGAAAGACACGAAAGAAACAAGGAACGAAGGACGCAAAUGACGAAAAAGACGAAGGAUGAAAGAGAUGAAGGGAAGGAUUUAGGUGACGAAGGGCAAACGAAGCUAACGACUAAGGAAACGAAGAAGACGACGAACGAAGGUAACGAAGGAGAUGAAGCACGAAAAAGACGAAAGGGGCGAAGGAGACGAAUGACACGAAGAGGAUGA